AUGACUACUUAUCAAGACUUUAUUAAUCAAAAUGAAGACAGAGAUGGUGUACGUUUUAGUUGGAAUGUUUGGCCAUCAAGUCGACUUGAAGCUACGAGAAUGGUCGUUCCUGUUGGAUGUACUUACACACCAUUAAAAGAAAGGCCAGAUCUUCCUCCAAUAUGCUACGAUCCUGUGCUUUGCUCUCGCAAUAGCUGUAGAGCAGUUCUCAAUCCUUUGUGUCAAGUUGACUAUAGAUCCAAAGUGUGGCAUUGCAAUUUCUGUUUCCAAAGAAAUGCUUUCCCACCACAGUAUGCAGGAAUAUCAGAGCAGCAUCAACCAGCAGAACUCAUCCCACAGUUUUCCACCAUUGAAUACACAUUACAGCGUGGAGGCUCAUCUGGACCAUUGAUAUUCCUAAUUGUUUUGGAUACAUGUAUGGAUGAAGAAGACUUCCAAGCUGUCAAGGAAUCUCUUCAGAUGUCACUGAGUUUGAUGCCACCCAAUGCCCUUGUUGGUCUCAUUACUUUUGGAAAAAUGGUUCAUGUACAUGAGCUUGGCUGUGAAGGUUGUUCUAAAAGCUAUGUAUUCAGGGGUACAAAAGAUCUAAAUGCAAAGCAGAUUCAGGACAUGCUUGGUCUUGGAGCAAGAGGACAACAGACUGGUCAAAGAGGACCAAUGCCUCCACAACAACAUGCUGAUUCAUUUAACAGGUUCUUACAACCAGUUCACAAGUGUGAUAUGAGUCUCACAGACUUACUGGGAGAAUUACAGAGAGAUCCCUGGCCUGUAGCUACUGGAAAAAGGCCCCUUAGAUCUAGUGGUGUGGCUUUGUCUAUUGCUACAGGGCUUCUUGAGUGUACAUACCCCAAUACUGGCGCAAGGAUAAUGUUAUUUAUGGCAGGACCAGCUACACAAGGUCCAGGAAUGGUUGCUGACAAUGAACUUAAGAAUCCCAUGAGAUCACAUCAUGAUCUGGAAAAAGACAAUGCUGUCCAUGUUAGAAAGGCUGUCAAGUUUUAUGAUGUGUUGUCUAAACGAGCUGCUGAAAAUGGUCAUGUAAUUGACAUCUUUGCUUGCCAACUUGAUCAAACAGGAUUACAUGAAAUGAAAUACAAUCCCAACGUCACAGGGGGGUACAUGGUGAUGGGUGACUCCUUCAACACUGCACUUUUCAAACAGACUUUCCAAAGAGUAUUUGCUAAGGACAUUCGUGGUGAAUUCAAAAUGGCAUUUGGUGCGACACUAGAAGUCAAGACAUCACGUGAGUUAAAGGUGUCGGGUGCAAUAGGACCAUGCUUAUCUUUGGAUAGAAAGGGACCCAAUGUCUCAGAAACAGAAAUUGGAACUGGUAAUACAUGUGCCUGGAAAUUCUGUGGAUUAGACCCAACGACAACAGCGGCUGUAUUUUUUGAGAUCGUUAACCAACACACAGCUCCAGUCCCUCAAGGAGGGCGUGGCUGCAUACAGUUUAUAACGCAAUAUCAACAUUCUAGUGGACAAAGACGAGUUCGUGUAACAACAUGUGCCAGGAAUUGGGUUGAUGCCACUAAUACAGGUCAUAUUGCUAUGGGAUUUGACCAGGAAGCAGCAGCUGUUUUGAUGAGUAGAAUAGCUGUGUUCAGAGCUGAGGGGGAUGAUGGUCCAGAUGUGCUACGUUGGCUGGACAGGAUGUUAAUUCGACUCUGUCAAAAGUUUGGAGAAUACCAUAAAGAUGAUCCAAGCUCCUUCAGACUCGCAGAGAACUUCUCACUUUAUCCCCAGUUUAUGUUCCAUUUAAGACGGUCACAGUUCCUACAAGUGUUCAACAACAGUCCUGAUGAGACAGCUUAUUACAGACAUAUCAUUAACCGAGAGGAUGUUACAAACUCGCUUAUUAUGAUUCAACCAAUCCUGUACUCAUACUCAUUCCAAGGACCACCAGAGCCUGUUUUAUUAGAUUCCAGUAGCAUUUUACCUGACAGAAUCUUAUUGCUCGACACAUUCUUUCAAAUCCUUAUCUAUCAUGGCGAGACGAUCGCUCAAUGGCGCAAAGCAGGAUAUCAAAAUGACCCACAGUACGAGAGUUUCCGUCAGCUUAUUCAAGCACCAGUCGAUGAUGCUGGUGAAAUUCUACAAGUCCGCUUCCCAAUGCCAAGAUACAUCGAGACUGAACACGGAAAAAGUCAGCAACGUUUCUUGUUAUCGAAAGUCAAUCCUUCUCAGACGCACAACAACAUGAUAGCAUGGGGACAAGACGCAUCUGGUGCACCUGUCUUAACAGACGAUGUUAGUUUACAAGUGUUUAUGGAGCAUUUGAAGAAGCUUGCAGUAGCUAAUACAACCUAAAAAUAUCAUAAUGAAACAAACCUAGAAAUUAUGUCUAACAGAAAUUGAAUAAAAGUAGAUGAAUAUGGCAA